CGGGACCGCGGGGGUUGGGGGCGCUCACGCUUAGUCCCCGGAGGUGGGGGGAGGGGCUGCUCCCGGGGGAGGAACGCCCAUGGAGUUAUUGAGGCGGGCUCACGAGGCCGCCCUGCGGCUGGUGCUGCUGCUGAGCCCUCGGGGCGCGGCCUCGGCCCGAGACCCCAAGCCCCGUGCCUCGGAGGUGCUGACACAGCACCUGCUGCAGCGGCGCUUGCCUCACUGGACCUCAUUCUGUGUUCCCUACAGCUCCGUGCACAACGACCAGUUCGGUCUGUCCCACUUCAACUGGGCAGUGCAGGGAGCCAACUACCACGUCCUGCGUACUGGCUGUUUCCCCUUCAUCAAGUACCACUGUUCCAAGGCGCCCUGGCAGGACCUGGACCGGCAGGACCAGUUCUUCACAGCCCUGAAAGUCAUCAACCUCGGCAUUCCAACUUUAUUAUAUGGACUUGGCUCCUGGUUAUUUGCCAGAGUCACAGAGACUGUUCAUACCAGUUAUGGACCAGUAACCGUUUAUUUUCUAAAUAAAGAAGAUGAAGGUGCCAUGUACUAAAACUGUAUAUUGAAGAGCACAACUGCUAGUGGAUUUUCUCAUGCGUAUAAAAGUAAUAUUUAUUUUUGUUCCUUUAAAAUAAAACUUUUUAAAAACA